CACCAACUCUAAAUGCUACCAUAAAGGAGAAUAAAGAAAUGUCACGAAUUGGAGCGAAGAAAAAGACUUCAAGUUCUUCAAGUGGGUCUAGUACAGGAAAGAGGAAAUCAGUCACAUCUACAAAAUUAGCAGGAAGACCGACUCCAACAAAAGCUACAACGCAAAAACAAUCCCAAGCAACAAAACGCAAGACUAUAAAUCGCAAGGGAAGAGAUGAAGAUGUUCGACAAAAUAUAGAUGCAAAAUGGCGGGAUGGAAACCAGAUAGAAUCACAGAAUAGACGGGGGAAUAAACCAACCAAUAAUAAAGCGUCGACACGAUCAGAUCUUGCUUCAACUAUUGCCAACUUUGACAAUCUUAUGCAGUAGUAGACGUUUGAGUGCCUUUGCCAUCUCAUAUCCUAUUUGUACAAUUAACAGACAGAAUCGAUUAAUACAUGCACAAAUCAAAUCGAUAGCAG